CAGCACGCACCAUGACACGCACACCGAGCCUCACGCCCGCGUCCAAGCGCGCGAUCGACGCGCUGCUCGAGGCCGCCGUCACGAGCCGCGAGGUCAACGCGCCGACGGCUGUCGUCGCGACCGCUGACGAGAUCCUGUACUUUAGCGCGAGGGGGGAGCGGGUGUAUGGCAAGCCUGAGCUCGGGACAAUCGACGACCAGACUGUGCUCCAGCUCUUCUCGUGCACAAAGCUCAUCACGUCCGUCGCCGUCCUGCAGCUCGUCGACGCAGGCAAGCUCACCCUCGACGACCCGGCAGUGGUGGACAAGUACCUCCCCGACCUGACCUCGCAGCCCAUCCUGCAAAAGUGGACCAAGGACGACCCGCCUCAGCCGGUCCUCGUGCCGCGGCGCAACCCCAUCACGGUGCGGCAGCUCCUCUCGCACACAGGAGGGGUGGGGUACCCUUUCCUGUCACCCGAGCUCCAGCGCUACCUCGAUGCCAACGGCAUCCCCUACUUUAUGAAGACGGACGGCGGCACGCGCGCGUUCAAGGUUCCUCUCAUCGCGGAGCCGGGCACGCGGUGGGCCUACGGGCUGAGCCUCGACUGGGCAGGCAUCCUCGUCGAGCGGGUAACAGGCCUGAAACUCGACGCGUACUUCAAGCAGCACAUUUUCGACCCCCUCGGCCUCAAGCUCGACUUCUACGCGACCCCCGAGCAGAGGAAGCGGUGGCAGGCGCCCACUGUCCGGCCCAAGAGCCUCAAGGGCAAGCUCGUCGUCUGGCGCGGACUGCGUGACCUACCCUCGCGGGACCAGCCUAUCGCGCAGCUCGCCGGCGGCGCGGGCAUCGUCGGCACAGCAAAGGACUACGUUGGGUUCUUGCAGGGCGUCCUGCGGUCGCGCGACGGCAGGGGCAUCAUCUCGCCUGCGGGCUACGCCGAGCUGUUCAAGAGCAGCCUGCCGGCCUCCACCACGCCGGAGGGGGAGCAGAUGCGCAACGACCUCAGGGUGAUGUGCACGUUCUUGAGCUUUGUCGACGACGCCAUGCUCGAGGAUAACGGCCUCGACCAUAGCGUCGGCCUCGUGAUCAACACUUCUGACAGCGCGUGGGGCCGCAAGGCCGGCAGCGGGACGUGGGGCGGCGCCGCGAAGACGGACUACUGGAUCGACCCGACAUCAGGCAUCAUCGCCUACUGCGGGGUCCAGAUCAACACUGAUACCCCCGACCUCCCCUUCCACGAGCUGCACCAGAAGUUUGAGCGGGCAGUGUACGACGGCCUGCAGAUCAAGUCUACAUUAUAG